AUGGCGCUCACCUGGCUGAAGCGCUUGCGCGAGCCCUCAGGCCGCCUCGCGCGCUGGGCAUUGAUAUUACAGCGCUACAACUUUGUUGUUCGCUAUCGGAAGGGGAGCACAAACGUGGUGGCUGACGCUUUGUCGCGCGCCCCCGUUUCAGACCCGGAGACCUUUGACCGGCACCCCUCCGCGACAACGCUUCCGAACGAAGCCGGAGCCCUUGUCUCCAAUGGCACGGAAGGAGCGAGUUCAGGCGGCUGUGCGGCCUAUAAGCCGCCGUCGCCGGGCGAAAGUGCGUACCUGCUGGACCCUGUAACGUCCAUGGGUAUCGCAUUCAGCAGACGGGAGCUGCUGGAAGCUCAGCGGAAAGACCCAUUUUGUCAGCAAAUCGCUGACGAGCUCGAAAAAGAGCACGGCUCCGAAAGGGAGCGAGGCGGCAACGCCGAUGGGCGCAAAUUGGCAGCUGGUAUUGCUGUUGGCGCCGGGUGCGACGCAGCUGGUAUUGCUGCAGGCACGUUUGAUUCGUAUCUGCUGGAUGCUGAUGGAGUGCUCCUGCGCUAUAUCCCAUCUGAAGAGGCUCCUAAUGAGUCCUUUAAGGUGGUGAUCCCCCGCGGUCUACGGAGGGCCACGUUGAGCUAUUUCCAUGACUCGCGGUUGGCCGGACACGCUAGUGGCCGCAUGAAGCGUGAUGUACUUCAUUAUUCCCGCUCGUGCCGCGUGUGUCAGAGUGUGAAGCGCCGUGGUGGCAAACCCCCCGGCCUCAUGCAGCCGAUCGACAGCCAGCUACCCUGGCAAAUCGCGGCCUGUGACGUUAUGGGACCCUUCCCAAGAAGCCGGCAAGGUCACACAUUCCUGCUGGCCGUCACAGAUCAUUUCACGAAGUGGGUGGAACUAUUUCCCCUUCGGAAGCUAACGGCACGCGUCAUAUGGAACAAGCUGCUCGAGGUAUUCACCCGCUUUGACUUUCCGGCGGAGUUGAUCACUGACAACGCAUCCUAUUUCACGGCCAAGGUGUUCGUCGAUGUAUGUGCAGCCUUUGGCAUAAAGCACCGCAAAACAACGACUUAUCACCCUCAGGCCAAUCCCACCGAGCGGAUGAACCGAAAUGUGAAGCCCUUGCUCGCGGCCUUCGCCCGGCAACAAAGGGACUGGGACGCCUGUCCCCGUGAGUUAUGGUUUCUCUUUGCGCACAUCGGUGAACCGUUCCACUGGCCGCCUGCAAAGGUGAAUGCGCCAGAACGAUGCGUGAUUGGCAAGCUGACGGAUGCAGUGUGA